AUGGUCGCCCAGCAGGGGAAGCAGGUGUGUUGCUACGAUUGCCAUGAGUGCCCCCAAGGGAGAAUUUCAACUCAGAUGGAUGCAGACCAUUGUGAGAUGUGCCCAGAGCAUCAAUAUCCAAACCAGAACCAGGACCAGUGUAUUCCCAAAAAAGUUCUUUUCCUGUCUUAUGCAGAGCCCAUGGGAGUAGCUCUGACAGCAUUAAUUCUUUUUCUUUCAGUGGCCGCAGUUCUUGUGAUUGGAAGCUUCAUUCGGCACCACAACACGCCCAUUGUCAAAGCCAAUAACUGGAGCAUCACAUGUGGCCUGCUUGCCUCCCUGCUGCUCUGCUUCCUCUGCUCCUUCUUGUUCAUUGGGUGGCCUGGGAAAGUGACCUGCCUUCUGAGGCAAACCAUCUUUGGCAUCAUCUUCUCCAUCGCUGUGUCCUGUGUGUUAGCAAAGACCAUCACAGUGGUGUUGGCUUUCAUGGCCACUAAGCCUGGAAACAGCAUGAGGAAAUGGGUGGGGAAGAGACUGGCUGCAUCCGUCAUCAUUCUGUGUUCUCUCAUUCAAGCUGUCAUCUGUGUUGUGUGGCUGGCAAAUUCUCCACCCUUCCCAGAGUUUGACAUGCAUUCCCAGGUGGAUGCAAUCAUAGCUCAGUGUAAUGAAGGCUCAGCCCUCAUGUUCUACCUUGUUCUGAGCUACAUGGGUUUUCUGGCCCUCAUCAGCUUCACAGUGGCUUUCCUUGCCAGGAAGUUGCCUGAUACCUUCAACGAAGCCAAACUGAUCACCUUCAGCAUGUUGGUCUUCUGCAGUGUGUGGGUGUCCUUUGUGCCCACCCACCUGAGCACCAAAGGGAAGUACAUGGUGGCUGUUGAGAUCUUCUCCAUCUUGGCCUCUGGUGCUGGCUUACUGGGUUGCAUCUUCAUUCCUAAGCUCUACAUAAUCAUGCUGAGGCCUGAACUGAACACCAGAGACCAGUUAGUCAGGAAAAAGUAUCUUUAG